UUUUAUGUUUUUGAAAGCCUCUUAUGCUCACCAAGGCUGCACAUAUGUGAUAAAAAUACAGUAAAAUGCCAGAAAGCAGUUAUGCGAGAAAACAGCCAAAUGAUACCAAAAACACCAACUCUUCAAUCAAGCAAUUCUUUUUAUUCGAGGAGGUGGAGGUGGGGGAGAGACAAACUUUCCAAACUGUUUGAUCAAAGAGGGUAAAACCAUGCCAUAUGAAUAAAGCACUGAAUUUAAAAGAUCUCCAGUAAGUGUUAUGCAAAAUUCCCAUGACCAUUUCAAUGACCACAUUGCCGACCAUUUCCUUGACCGCUUCCCUGGCCGCUUCCCUGACCCUGUCCGCUUCCCUGACCAGAACCGCUUCCGUGACCGCUUCCCUGGCCCUGACCGCUUCCCUGACCGCUUCCCUGGCCGCUGCCCUGGCCCUGUCCGCUUCUCUGACCAGAACCACUUCCCUGGCUGCUGCCCUGUCCGCUUCCCUGACCCGCUUCCCUGGCCAGAACCGCUUGCCUGGCCAGAACCGCUUCCCUGGCCAGAACCGCUUCCCUGGCCGAUGCCCUGGCCCUGGCCACAACCGCUUCCCUGGCCGAUGCCCUGGCCCCGUCCGCUUCCCUGGCCGCUUCCCUGACCAUAACCGCUUCCCUGACCGAUGCCCUGGCCCUGUCCGCUUCCCUGGCCGCUUCCCUGACCAUAACCGCUUCCCUGACCGAUGCCCUGGCCCUGUCCGCUUCCCUGGCCAGAACUCCUUCCCUGGCCGCUUCUCUGUCCCGGUCCUCUUUCCUGGCCAGAACCGCUACCUUAACCACUGCCCUGUCUGCUUCCCUGGCCAGAACCCCUUCCCUGGCCCUGGUCGCUUCCUUGGCCAGAACCGCUUCCCUGGCUGA